GUUAGAGCUUCCUUCAUAUCAAUCCAAAAAAACAACAAAUGGAUUCAUCAAAGAAGAUCAUUAUCGUUAUGUUUCUUGUAACAUUUUACAUGUUUUCAUGUGUUUCAAGCACUGAAUUUGAAGUUGGAGGAGAAAAUGGUUGGAUCGUACCAAAAUCUAAGACUCUUGGAGAUGCGUUUAACCAAUGGGCGUCAGAUAACCGGUUUAAAGUUGGUGACACUCUCCGUUUCAAGUACACGAAAGACUCAGUGUUAGUGGUGUCAGAAGAAGAGUACAAGAAAUGCAAAGCGACCAAACCACAACUCUACUCAAACAACGAAGACACUGUUUUCAAACUAGACCGACCCGGUUUGUUUUACUUCAUCAGCGGUGUCUCUGGCCACUGCGAAAAGGGUCAGAAGAUGAUCGUAAAAGUUAUGGAGACGGAGUCUUCUACAGAGUCUCCUCCUCCAUCCUCUUCUUCUUCUUCUUCGUCAUCAUCAUCUCUUCCGGCGUCAACUCCCAAGGCCAAGAAGAGCAAUGCCUUCAAAACCGCAGUCCAGUUCAGUAGUUCCGGUUUUGUUGUCUCUGCUGUUCUGAUUGUUUCAGUUUUUGGUUUGGUUUAG